AUGAGCACGGUACCGCACAACACCGUGGAGAGACUGGACCGUCCCAGUGCCUACUAUGUGGGAAAGAACAAGAGACGCAAGUACAGCCACGACGAACCCGAGAAGCAGGAAGAGCCCGCCGACAAUCUGAAGAAUGCCACGACCCUUUAUGUCGGCAACCUUUCCUUCUACACAACUGAAGAACAGAUCCAUGAGCUUUUCGCAAAGUGCGGAGAGAUCAAACGUCUUGUUAUGGGGCUCGAUCGAUUCAACAAGACCCCUUGCGGAUUCUGUUUCGUCGAAUACUACACGCACCAGGAUGCUUUGGACUGCUUAAAGUAUAUUGGAGGCACCAAGCUCGAUGAGAGAAUCAUCCGCACGGAUUUGGAUCCCGGUUUUGAGGAGGGCCGACAAUACGGUCGCGGAAAGUCCGGUGGUCAGGUUCGCGAUGAAUACCGCGAAGAGUACGACCCCGGUCGCGGUGGCUAUGGUCGGGCAUACGCCGACGACCAACGACGGCGCGAGGAAGAAGAGUACGGUAAAGGUAGGUAG